AUGUGCGCGGUGAUCCGGCGGCUGGUUCGGAAGCUGCGUCCGGGUGGUGCCAUGUGGGUGGGCUUCCUUAGCGAUCCGCACUUUGCCGUCCCCUUCACCCCAGAGGAUCAGGAGCUGUGUAUGCAGCUGGCUGCCAAGAAGGACCGUCUGGUCUAUGCAUACAUGUCUGAGAUGGAGAUCUUUGGGGUCACCGAGGCCUUCUCGUCGGCGACUCGCUCGUUGCUGCUUGCAAAGCCUUCAGCGUCUGAGCGAGCCACUGGCGACGAGCCCUGGAGAGACAUUGAUCGCGACACGCAAAGAGCAGCUGCCAUCUAUGGCUGCCCAGAGGCCUCGGAGGCAUCCCCCUCGCCGGCAGCAGAGGCUGUGGCAGAGCUCCGCACUUCGUGGCUGGCUCCAAGCGAGGCGCGCAGCUGGCGAACAGGCCCCAGCUUCUGGCUUUGCGCCCAGCGGCGCCUGGAGGAGCGAGGCCGGGAGCUGCGCGGCGGGCUGUGGGUUGUGGAUGCCUUUGCCAGCCGGCUUGAGGCGCAGCACGUCCGUCGCCUCCUCGAUCUCCCACCCGCGCCCGAGAGCCGGCGGGACACUUGGGCGGACGACCUUCUCAUCCCUACUGCCGUGGACAUCGUUCUCGACGACCUGGAAGCGCGAUUGGAGGAGGAUCUGGGUCUUCCCCGGGCUCACAGCAAUCCGUGGCACCUUCUCAGGUACGGAGCCGGCUUUGCCGGCCGCUACCUUGCCGCGGAUUGCCAGGCCGAGGCGUCGGAUGAGGAGCAGCACGUCACGGUGCUGCUCUUCGCUUCGCCCUGUUGGAGCGAGCUGUCGCCUUGCGUGCCCUCGGAUUCAGGAGCCGACCUCCCCGAUGGGGCGGCCUUCUUCCCGAAGCUCGGGCUCCGCGUGCGCCUUCCCGAAGGCGGCUUGCUGGCGUACUCGCGCAACGACGGCUGCCACCUGCUGGCGGCACUUGCCGCCGAAGCUCCGGAGCAGGUUUCGAGCCAAGCACAGGUGGUGGUGAUGCGCACGCCUCGCUUGGCUGUGCGACUCCUUGCCUGA